UGGUACUGAGGGAGAGAGGUAAGUCCCCAGCUUGCGGGUUCACACACCUGGGUGGCUCCUGGUGCCUCUGGCCAAGGUAAGCAGCCAGGAGGAGGAGAGCCUUGGCGGAGGCACUGAGUGCUCUUGGCGGGCAGACUGAGGCUGCAGGUGCCUCGAGGUGGCCAGCGGCCAUGAGUCUGGAGCUCAGAGGGGGUGGGGGAGCUGCAGCCCAGCAAGAGGAGGAACAGGGCAGGCAAGGCUCAACCCUGAGGGGUGGACAGAGUCAGAGGAGCCUGUGUUGGAAGCCUCUGGAGAAUGUCCGAGAGGCUGGGGGGAAGAGUUGAGAGAGCGGCAGCCCAGCAGUGGUUGAGAAGAACAGGUUUGGGUGUGUGACUUGAUGCCAUCUUUGUAACAUUAGUAACUGGCAGGCAAAGAGUUCAUCGUGCUCAUUAUCCUUCGAAACAUACUCUGUUUUAUAUUUGAUUGAUUCUUUUAGGUAUGUAUAUAUAUUAAAAAAAGAAACAUUUGGAACUAAAAGCCUUCUUAGAAGAAUCCUCUGUCUGGUAACAAUUUGCUUGCCAAAAAUAUUUCUGUGAUGUUGAGUUUUUUUAAAAAAAUCAAGACAUGAUAAGUGAAAACUACCAAUCUGACCUUAUUAUGAGGUUAACAUUAUCAACAUUUGCCUUUGAAAUGACAUCAGACCUUGGGGUAUGGAGGUCUCUGUGAAUGUUGCGGGACAGUAGGGAUUCUUGUUUAUACCAGCCAAGCACAUGGAGCACAUGCAGGGCCACCGUGUCCCUCCUUCUGAAGCGAUGGCUCAGGGCCCUGGACCAAGCCCCAGGCAGGUCGUGCAGCGUCCUACUGGAGAAGGCUCUGGGCUCCAAACAGCGGCCAGGCAGUUAGGACCAGACCUGAGGAGCCAGGUCCUAAGACAGUGAGGCAUUAGAUGGUGAGAACAGGCCAUCCUGUUCCUGGGAGCACCCUGCUAGGCCCCAGGAAGGGUCUCCCAACAUAUGGCUUCCCGGGAAGCAGAAGGGACCACUGAGCAGGAUGGUGAAGCCAGGCAGUUCUGUGAGAGAGGCCUGGGGAGCCACGCUAGGUUCUGCUCCCACAGGCAUGGCCCAAAGGCUGUCCUGGGUUGCGUCUGGGACCAAGGGGAAUCCCAGAAUGUGUUAGACCAGAACUGUGGAGGGCGCCCCAGGCGUCCAGACGCAGAGCUGGCGGGAGCAGGGCUGGCCUGUCAUCCCUACCCUCCUCCUCUGGCCCAGUCUGCCAGUCCUCCACCCCACCCCGUCCUGUCCAGACCUGAACACCACCACCACCUUGCCCUCACGUGUCCCCUGGAUGAAGGGAAGCACCUCACUCAAAGACACCAUCUCAGGUUCCUGCCAGCACCCGGGAUCUGCCUGUCUGAGAAGCUCCCCGUCACGAGCCAUCACCAAGGGGCCACCUGUCCCUGUGUUGCCAAGCCCCAGCAUGCAGGAUACCCAGACAACAGAGUCACCGUCAAUCCCCAGCCGGUCCUCAACCUCCACCCAGGACCGGUCUUCCACUGUGGGCCAAACUUCGAGCAUAGCCCCACAGCCCUCAAAGCCCACCCCGAUUAUCCCACCCCUGGCUAAGUCCACGGGCCCAGGUUCUGGGUCUGGGGUCCGGCGGAUGCGCAGGAUCAUCGCUGAGGAUGCUGAGUGGUCGCUGGCCAUCGUGCCCCUCCUCACAGAGCUCUGCAUUCAGCACAUUGUCAAGAACUUCCAGAACAACCCCAUCCUGAAACAGCUGCUCCCAGAGCAUCAGAAGAAGGUCCUGAACCACCUGUCUCCUGACCUGCCGCUGGCUGUGACCGCCAACCUGAUCGAUGAUGAGAGUUACUGGCGCCGCUGCUGCACGCAGCGGUGGCCCGUGUGCCACGUGGACAAUCACGGCGGUAGCUGGAAGCGCAUGUUCUUUGAGCUGCACCUGGAGAACCUGCUGAAACACUUCAUCCCGAACACCACCGACCCCGCGGUGAUCCUCAACCUGCUGCCGCUCUGCAGGAACUACGUGCGCGCCAUCCGGGUGGAUCAGUUCCUUCCGCCCGUGCAGCUCCCGGCCCCGCCCCGCGGCGGGGAUCAAUCCGAUUCCGGCAGCGAAGGGGAGAUGGAGGAACCGGCCAUGGACCACUACCAACUGGACAACCUGGUGGCUGGCCUGAGCCAUCUGGAGGAGCUGGACCUGGUAUACGGUGUGAAGGACUGUGGCAUGAACUUCGAGUGGAACCUCUUCCUCUUCACCUACCGCGACUGCUACUCCCUGGCGGCCACCAUCAAGGCCUGCCACACCCUCAAGAUCUUCAGGCUGACCCGAAGCAAGGUGGAUGACGACAAGGCACGCAUCCUAAUCCGCAGCCUCCUGGACCACCCGGCCCUGGAGGAGCUGGACCUGUCGCACAACCUCAUCGGGGACCGGGGUGCGCGCGCUGCCGCCAAGCUGCUGAGCCACAGCCGCCUGCGCGUGCUCAACCUCGCCAACAACCAGGUGCGUGCGCCCGGCGCCCAUUCGCUGGCUCACGCCCUGGGGCACAACAGCAACCUCAUCUCCCUCAACCUGCGCCUCAACUGCAUCGAGGAUGAGGGCGGCCAGGCGCUCGCCCACGCCCUGCAUACCAACAAGUGCCUCACCACGCUGCACCUCGGGGGCAACGAGCUGUCCGAGCCCACUGCGACCCUCCUGUCCCAAGUGCUCACCAUCAACACCACGCUCACCAGCAUCAACCUGUCCUGCAACCACAUCGGGCUGGAUGGCGGGAAGCAGCUCCUGGAAGGCAUGUCAGACAACAAGACCCUCCUGGAGUUUGAUUUGCGCCUGUCAGACAUCGCCCAGGAGAGCGAGUACCUCAUCGGCCAGGCCCUCUGUGCCAACCGCGAAGCAGCCCGCCAGCGGGCCCUGAAUCCCAGCCACUUCAUGUCCCCAGUCACUGCCAAGGGCCCUGAGAACCCUGCGGGAUAAAACGGGAACAGGGCUGGGGCAGUGGCCAGACCUGGGUCACUGCCCCAGCCCCACCCCUCAUUUCAUGCCCCUGCCAUGCCUGCUCUUGAGGGUCACCCCGGUCCCGAGGGCGGGGGAGGGGAGACCAAGACUAUCCUUGGGGUGAGCGAUUGAGGUUCUGCAGGGAUCUGUGAGGAGAGGAAGGAGCCUGGGAUAGAGGUAGAAAGUGGGAUUUAGCCCUGGUACCUAGGGAGAGGAUAUGAACGGACUCACUGAAAUGACUGACUUCUUCCAAGAAUACAGAAAACUGACCCUUCAAGACUGUGAGGCCCAGACUCUCCUCCAGGGGCUGCCCAUCUCCCCAAUCACCCUCCUCCCCACCAUUGUUCUCUCUACCAAACAGAUCCUUGACUUCUUGACCUUCAAACACACACUCUCUCCUCCACCCCAGGCUUCAGCAGAGCUCUGCCUGGCUCUUCCACCCUCACCCUGCAGAUGCCACCUCCCUCUUACUUGACUCUGCUUAAGUCUUCCAGUUCU